GGCGCCACUUUACGUUUAAUUCGCUUGUUCAGGCUGUAUCAAUUCAGUUUGAUGGUGUUUAUGAAAAAUAUUUUGUUCAUUAGCAAAUGUUUUAAUUAAAAAUAAACAUCUUGCGGGUUUAAAUUAAAGAGUAAUAGGCAUUUUCUAACGUGAAAGAAAGUGUAUUUUAUAAACACCCUGGAGCGUAACCAAUACAGUUAACCUCACGCGUUUAACCUUCAAGUUGAUAAUUUUCGACAGGAUUAUUUACUAUCCAAACACAAUUUGUAAACAAUGUCGUUUUAUUUGUACUAGUUAAUGUUCUGCUUUUAAAAUUUAAACAUUGAAGUUGGAUGGAGAUACACGUUUUGAACAGAUGUGACCUGGUCUAUUCUCCUAGCCUUGACUACUUACGACUAUAAAUAUAAUCUUCGUAUCAUUUUCGAAACUAAUUGAAAGUGUAAAGAGGCGAUUCUCAUAGAGACACGUAUAAAGAUAACGAAGGUAUGCGUCCUGACAUUAUCUACUAACAACUGAUUAAGUAAAACCAAAUUAGCCAUGGAUACGUUAAUAAGGAAUGGACGGGUCAUCGAUCCUCAAAAUGAUAUUGAUGAUAUACUUGAUGUAGCUAUAAAAGAUGGUAAAAUAUUUGCUGUCGGAAGGAACCUUCAGUUAAAUUCUAAAUCAACAUACGAUGCAUCGGGUCUAAUUGUGACGCCGGGAUUAAUUGAUGCUCACGUACACUGUUACCAGUACGCUACACCGCUUGGAAUUAAUCCGGAUGAUGCAUGUUUAGCACGUGGUGUGACAACUGUCAUUGAUGCUGGGAGUUCAGGUGCUUCAACAUUUCUUGGUCUUCGAAAGUUUAUCGUUGACAAGUCAAAGACACGUGUUCGUUGUUUGCUACACAUCGCCCUCCACGGACUGGCAGCGGCCGGCUGUUCUGGCGGAGCACUUGGUGGAGAAUCAGACACGUUGGCGAUCUUGGAUGAGGAGGAAUGUGUUAAGUGUAUUCAAGCCAACCGUGAUGUUAUUGUCGGUGUCAAGGUCAGACUAUCAGCGAGCGUGUGUGACAAUGGUCGUCUGGAAGCUGAAGCAUUCAGACGAGCAUUGUCGGCGGCAAAACGUUGUGCAGUACCCUUAAUGGUUCACCACGUAGAGUCAACGAUACCCACACAGACUGACAGAGCAUCACCGUCUAGUCUUGGCUGUCCAAAGGACCUUCAAGCUGGUGAUAUAUACACGCAUACAUACAACGGAUGGAGAUGUUCUAUCGUGGAUCCGGAAACUAAAGAAAUUCACAGUGACGUCAUCGAAGCUAAGGCACGUGGUGUGCUGUUUGACAGUGGACAUGGUGCCGGUGCAUUCAACUGGACGGUGGCGGAAAUAGCUGCCAAACAAAAUUUCUGGCCAAACUUAAUGGGAAGUGACUUGCACACCGAAAAUCAGGAGGGACCUGCUUACGACAUCCCAACGGUAAUGACCAAAUUUCUUCACCUUGGAAUGCCUCUUAAUGAAAUCGUCAGAAGUGUGACGUCAUCACCUGCUCGUGCAUAUAGCUUAAAUUCGAUUGGAUCUUUGUCGGAGGGGAUGGACGCAGAUGUUUCUGUUUUAAGAAUCGAUGAAUGUGACGUGAAUCUUGAGGACACUGUUGGUCAAAAGAGAAACGUAAAGAAAAGAAUACUUCCGGUUGCAGUAUGGCGGGAUGGUAAAGAACAUCAAGUUGUACUACCAACGAUCUGGCCAAACACGAAUGCAAUAAAACGAGGUCUUAUGAUUAAUAAGCACCAGAUUGUAAAAGAUAAGGAGUAAACAGCGCUCGAC